CUCCCCGCCAGUGGUGUAGCCCGGGUCCCCUCUCCCCCCCCCCCGCUGGCCGGGCGGUGGUUCGGUCUUGAUCGCGCUCUCCGGAAGUGCCGAGGCAGCUGGAGCAGCCGCCGCUUUCUACCAGUCCCGCCCCAGCCGGAGCCUCCGCUGCAGCCGCCAGCCUCUGCGAACAGGACAGAUUUUACCCUGUCCCUGGUAUCACGUGACCCCGGCCUCCUUUGGACUUCUCAGUAUAAGAAACUUACAAAGUUUGGAAACUCACGAAAUAGCUCGGGUGGAAAGAGGUGCAGACACCUGAACCUUACUACAUAAGCUGCCUUAAUACAUCAACCUUGCAAAACUUGCUUGGGAAUCCAAGAGCCAUCAUGUCUAGCAAAAGGGCAAAGACCAAGACCACUAAGAAGCGCCCUCAGCGCGCAACCUCCAAUGUGUUUGCAAUGUUCGAUCAGUCACAGAUUCAAGAAUUCAAAGAGGCCUUCAACAUGAUUGAUCAGAACAGAGAUGGCUUCAUUGACAAAGAAGACCUGCAUGAUAUGCUCGCUUCCCUUGGAAAGAAUCCAACUGAUGAAUACCUGGAUGCUAUGAUGAAUGAAGCUCCAGGCCCCAUAAACUUCACUAUGUUCCUUACAAUGUUUGGAGAAAAACUAAAUGGCACAGAUCCAGAAGAUGUAAUCAGAAAUGCUUUUGCUUGCUUUGACGAAGAAGCAACAGGGUUCAUUCAAGAAGAUUAUCUGAGAGAGCUGCUGACGACAAUGGGAGACAGAUUUACAGAUGAAGAAGUAGAUGAGCUGUACAGAGAGGCACCAAUUGACAAAAAGGGAAAUUUCAAUUACAUUGAAUUCACACGCAUCCUUAAACAUGGAGCAAAAGACAAGGAUGAUUGAACAAAAUUUCAGACACCGGCAGCUAGCUCUAGUUUUCACUUGCGUUUAUUUUUGAGGGUUUUUUCCUGGUAGAACCUGUUGCAUGCAUCUAGCUUUUACAGCUUUUGCCUUUUUCAGUAUAUUUAUCUAUUCCAGGCCAUUCUGGCACACUUGCACCUGUGUAAUCAAGCUGGAUGUGGGGGAUAUUGUAGUGAAAAGAAUCUGGGGACAAAGAUCAAUGAAUUUGAAGGCCCAGGAAAAAAGUCUCAAUGUUUCUGGUUUAGCUGGAUUUUUACAUUUUUGUAAUAAAAAUGUCCUUUUGAAAUAAAGAUUGCUAUAUAAAUAAAAUACCUCAAACUGU